UGUAAAACAAAUCAAUGAAAAUCCCCAGAUUCUACCCAAUGUCACGCUGGGCUUCCACAUUUUUAACAGCCAUUUUAGUCCAGGCUGGACUUACUUUGCCUCAAUGUUGCUGCCUUUCACUCAGGGAAAAUUCAGCCCUAACUACAAGUGUGGGGUCCCAAAAACUUUGGCUGCAGUCAUUGGUACACCUGACAUCGCUCUUCACAUGGCAACUCUAUUGCACAUCUACAAAGUUCCUCAGUUGACCUAUGGCUCUACUCCAGUCAUGGAUAAAGAGACUCAAUCAAUUUUCUUCCAACAAAUGUUUCCAGAUGAAUCCCAUCAACGUAAAGGCCUCUUGCAGCUACUGCUGUGUUUUAGAUGGAUCUGGAUUGGAAUUCUUGUUGUAAAAGAUGAGAAAGGAGAGAAAUUUGUCCAGGAGAUGAUUCCCACAUUUUCUGAGAAUGGCAUCUGUGUUGAAUUCAUAGUAGAGUUACCAAAUGUAGCUUUUUACAGUGACUUUAUUGAUACUAUGGAGGAAGGAUUACAUAUCUACCAUGUUCUCAUGAACAGCACGGCCAAUGUAAUAAUCUUAUAUGGUGAAAUUCAGUCCUUAUCAGUUCUGAGAACUUUCCUCCAGUAUUCUGAAGUGGAGGAUAUACCAAGGAAGAAUAAGAUUUGGCUUAUAACUGCUCAGACAGAUUACACAUCAAUGUCUGUUCAUAAAUCAUGCAAUAUCAGUUUCCUACAUGGUGCUUUAUCCUUUGCAGUUCACACAAAGAAAGUACCAGAAUUCCAGGAAUUUCUUCAGAACUUAAGUCCAAACAACAAUCAACACGAUCAUUUUCGGAAAGAUUUUUGGGAACAGGCAUUUGAUUGUUUCUUUGCAAACUCAAAAAUGGAGAAUUCAAAAAUUGAGACAUCUGGGAAGAAAUGUACUGGGCAGGAGAGGCUUGAGACCCUUCCCACAUCUGUGUUUGAAACACGCAUGAGUGGACAGAGUUACAAUAUUUACAAUGCAGUCCAUGUUGUGGCACAUGCUUUGCAAUCUUUGUAUUUAUCCAAAUCCAGGGGAAAAACAAUAAAGAAAGAAGGAAGGAAACAGUUUCACAGUCAAGUGUGGUGGGAGGUAAGUCUGUAAUUAGAGUGCAGAAACCACCAUAUCUGUAGCUGCAACAUCUGUCAGUAAACUCUAGCAAACAAUAUUCUCUAGGGAUAUUGACAUUAAGUCUGAAAGCAGUACAACUGAAUUGAAAAAAUAACUGAAAUCUUUAACGAUAACAAUAAACAUACACAAUAAAGAUAUACUAUAAAUUGGUUUAAUAAGUGUGCAUACCUUACUGUAAGUGGGGUUAUGGCUGUGUUCAAAUUAACCAAUCACAUUCAAACUGAUGGAAACUAGUAGUCAGUACAUACCUGCAUCAAUUCAAAUGUCUCUAAUCUAGCUUGUAUAAAGUCCAGCUGUUCUAGUAGGAUUUUUCUGACACUUACUCAGUUGCCUCUUACAGGAAAAACUAUGAUCUGCAAAGAGCAUAAAAAACAUCAAAGAGAUCUCAUUGUAGGAAGGUAUCAGUCAGAAGAAGGGUACAAAAUAAUUUCUAACGUAUUGGAUGUAUCGUAGAACACAGUGAAGGCAGUCACCAACAGGUGGAGAAAAUAUGGCAUAACAGUGCCAUUACCAAGAGUUAGAUGUCCCUCCAAAAUUAAUGAAAAAAACAGAAGAAAACUGGUCUAAGAGUCUGCGAAGAGGCUUACAAAACAUUAUAGGAGCUGCAGGAAUUUCUGGCAAGUACUGAUUGUGUUUUAUAAGUGAGGUGGAGAGAAUUAUGAACAGUUCCAAAUAUCAGUCAAUUUUGGCACAAAUACUUCAGACUUCUGCUAAAAUGCUGAAGAUGAAGAGGGUUUUCACCUUUCAAUAUAUACUAUGCCCCAAGGCAUACCUUCAAAUCAGCAAAAGAAUAGAUUCACCAGAAGAAGAAGAACAUUUUGAAAUGACCAAGAUAGACUCUAGAUCAGAAUCAAAUUAAAAAUCUGUGGACUGACCUGAAGAGGGCAAUGCCCAGGAGAUGUUCUUUCAAUAUGAUGCCUUUGCCAUAUGAAAUAUUUGGACUGCUUUGGCAAGGAAGAGUGGGCAUAAAUUGCCAAGAUAAGAUGUGCCAUGCUGAUAGGUUCCUACCGCAAAAAACUGAAUCCUGCCAUAAAAUCAAAAGGUGCUUCAAUAAAAUAUUAGUUUAACAGUG